GGCAGCAGCAGCAGCAGCAGUCAGCCAGCCAGCUGGUGUGUGUGUAGCUAUAGGUAGUGUUGGUGUAGAAGGUGUCGGUCUAGUGUCGGUGGGUUAGCUCCCGAACACACACAGUUCUUAAGAGGACGUUAGCCGCACCGCACCAUCAACUUUGCUCUCUCUCUCACUCGGCUCCUCUUUUUUAGAACAUUUUUCAUUUCUUGGUGUGAUUUUGUGAAAUUUUUUUGCUUGUUGGGGGUCAAUUUCAGUGCGUGAAUUUUGGAGUGUACCCCGCCAAUUUUUUGAAAUUUUGAAAAAAAUUGUGUGGAGGGAAAUUUGAAAAAAACAAACCGGAAAAAGGAAAAUUCGCCGCCCGGAAUUAGUCAGAAAAAACAGGAGCACUUGAAUCUUUUUGGGGGGUUGGUUGUGAUAUGGUUUUGCGUGGGGGCGGAUCAUGUCUCCGCAGCUCGGGCCGACCACUCUCCUCUCACUUGCCCGGCACUGGCACGUCCUCUUGCUCAUCUCUCUCAUCACGCCGAUCGGACCUUUUUCCAGCAGGUCGGUGAUGGCUUUGAGCGCUGACCUGAUAUGCGGCAAGAUACCGGGAUUGACGUACAAGCAGCGGCUGCUCUGCGCCGCCAAGCCCGACGCCAUGGUGGCCAUCAGCAACGGAGCCAAACUGGGACUAGCCGAGUGUCAGGAGCAAUUCAAGUACCACCGAUGGAAUUGCACGGCCAUCGGCAGCCGAAACGGAUUCGGUCACGUCGUCGUUGUCGGAAGCCGAGAAGCGGCUUAUCUGUAUGCAGUGUGGAGCUCCGGCCUGACGUACGCUAUCGCCCAGGCGUGCAGCCAAGGAGCUAUCAGCUCUUGCGGUUGCGAUCCGACCAAACGGGGCGGCAAGGACCUGGUCAGAUCCAUGCGCAGGUCCCAUCGGGCGCGCAACGCCGCCAACGGAGCUAAUACCAACGCAGGUAAUGGAGGAGGUCCUGUGGCUGCCGGCGGAAACGGAUGGAAAUGGGGCGGCUGUUCGGCCGACGUCCGAUCGGGAGCCUCGCUGGCCAAACGAUUCGCCGACUCGAGAGAAACCGAAGGAGACGAUAGGAGCUUGAUGAAUCUGCACAAUAAUAAAGCCGGUAGAAAAAUUGUCAAAUCGAUGUUGAAGAAGGAAUGCAAAUGCCACGGAGUCAGCGGCAGUUGCUCACUCAAAACCUGUUGGGAGAAAUUGCCGGCCUUCAGGGACAUUGGCGAUGCCCUGAUGAAGCAGUACCGUGAAGCCAAGGCCGUCGUCGCCAAAGAGAGUCGCAGCGGCAACGACAGCAAGCCACGCAAACUGUUGACGCUGCAGUUGCGUAGGAAGCCGCACAACAAGCCCCGUCUCUCGGAGCUGGUGUUUCUCAACUCUUCGCCAAACUACUGCGAGGCGAACCCGUCGACGGGGUCGCUGGGUGUCGUCGGCAGGAGGUGUAAUCGAACCUCAACAGGUGCUGAUGGCUGCAACCUGCUCUGCUGUGGACGGGGGUACAACACCCACCAGUUCAACCACGUCUCCCAUCAGUGCAACUGCAAAUUCCACUGGUGCUGCGAAGUCAAGUGCCAGACUUGCACCAUCAAGAGCGAAGAGUACACCUGCAAAUAAAAAUGAGAGAAUUGUUCACUCGUAGACUGUACAAUCUAGGACUGAUAAAUUUAUGAUAAUGUGUUCGAUGGGCUUGGAACGUUGAAAUCUGAUAUGAUGGAUGUAGGCCUACAGUAAUGAUCAAGAGAUUGAUUCAGAGUCGUUUUUUAAAUAUGUAUCCGAAAUGUAAUAACUCAUCUGCACUGACCUCGUUGGAAGAAAUUAAUUGCCCCCAAUGUUGUUAUAUUUUAAGAUUUCAAAAAAUUGCUUCAUCAUCGUAUUUUGGACGUGCCAUUUCGGAAUGUGCCGAUCAACUUGACGUAUUGAGGUUCAAGAAUAUUGAGAAUCAUUUCCCAUUGUUUUCACUGGUCAUCCAAAUCUCGCUGCUUUCUAUUUUUUAAUUUGAGAUUUUCCUUUUUUUUUUUCCCUUGAAACAUAAUAAAACAAUAACAAACCAUUUUUGAAUCUUGCAGCAGACGAAAUUCUGUCCGAAACGAAAAGAGAGGGAGUUUCGAACGAUUUUUUGAAUUUUGUUAUUUCCUUGAUAAAUAAUAAAAAUAAAAAGAUUAAAAAAACAAAA